CUCACCGAGCGAGUGCUGGAACAGUCGUCGAUGUGCGACGAUCACACGAAUCGGCCUCAAGUUAACUCAGUUGCUACGUGUGCACGUUUAUUUAUUUAUUGUUAUUACAACCGGCGGCAAGCUGGUCAAGCAUUCGACUUGUUCGGCACAAAGCCAAGCAUCUAAAACAUCAAACAUUGAAUUAAUAUCGAAAAGAAACAAUUUUUAAGUAAAUUUUAGUGAAAUCUAAGGUAUUAUUGAAGGUUUCCACUUGAUGAUGAAUAAACCAAACUGGAAACUAGUUUAAUAGACCAAGUUGACUAGUUGUACGCCUCACGCGAUUGUUACAAGUCGUGUUUCGCUGUUAAGUAAUUGAGUAAGUGACUUAAGUAAGGAAUAAACAUAAAUAAACAAAGUGCAGCACGAAAAACUGAAAAACCAUUGAAAAUUGAUAGAAAAAAGAAUUUCCAAAGGAAAAUGGCGGCGAAUAACUCCAGUCCCUUUCUGUAUCGAAGAUGGAUGAUGAAUAACAGUGCUGCCGCCACGCCAGCGGCCGGAAGUAAAGGAUUGAAAGGAAUUGUUGCUGGUGGUAUUACUGGCGGAAUUGAAAUUUGUAUCACCUUUCCCACGGAGUACGUAAAAACGCAAUUGCAGUUGGACGAGAAAGGCGACAGGAAGAAAUAUAACGGUAUCAUUGACUGUGUGAAGAAAACCGUCCAGGAACGUGGUGUUUUUGGUCUCUAUCGCGGUCUCAGCGUGUUAAUCUACGGAUCUAUACCGAAAAGUGCUGUGAGAUUUGGAACUUUUGAACAGUUGAAAACUUUCCUACAAAAUGAAAAUAAUCAACUUACGCCAAUCAACCGACUGCUGUGUGGUCUCGGCGCGGGUGUAGGUGAAGCUAUUUUCGCCGUGACACCCAUGGAGACCAUCAAAGUGAAGUUUAUCAAUGAUCAACGUCUUGCAACUCCGCAAUACCGUGGAUUCCUGCAUGGUGUGACGACAAUUGUGAAAACAGAAGGUUUUGGUGGGUUGUACAAAGGACUCACCGCUACUAUACUCAAACAGGGUACCAAUCAAGCGAUGAGAUUCGGCGUGAUGGAAACCCUCAAGGAUUGGUACCGUGGUGAUGAUCCCAAUAAAAGCGUACCGAAACCGGUUAUCGGUGUUUUCGGUGCUUUCGCUGGUUUUGUGUCCGUGAUGGGCAACACCCCGCUGGACGUGGUGAAAACAAGAAUGCAGGGCCUGGAAGCAGCGAAAUACAAGAAUACCUUCGAUUGCAUGCGACUUGUGUUCGUCAAUGAAGGCGUGAAGGCGUUCUAUAAGGGUACCAUACCAAGAUUGAGUCGUGUAUGUUUGGACGUCGCCAUUACCUUCAUGCUCUACGAGACUAUCAUCGACGUGUUCAACAAGGUGUGGCACUAGGUCCCCUGACUGUGUUCGUCAUUUCUGCAACAAAAAGAUAAAAAGAUUAGGGACCGCCGCCAUUUUUAUCACAAGCCAAAAAUCAUUCCACUAUGAUUUUAAUUUAUACAAUAUAUUCUAUACAUAUUUGUGGCACGUUUUUGGGGGGAAUGUGUGUCGAGAGGCGUAUGUUUGUACAUUUUUAACUGUUUAGAUGCUUUUUCACCGUGAUAGUUGUAGAUAUAUUAAAUAAUUUGUAAUAAAAUUUAUUUCAUACGUUGA